CGUGGGCGGUCGAGCGGUCUCUUCUUUUUUUGCCCGCGUAGCUCGGCGGGCGGGGCGCCCGUCGCGCGCGGGAAGCUAAGCAGGCUCAGCCCCGGACAGCUUUCGGAUGGGAGACCGGAGCAGAGGCGUCGUCAUUUCCGCGUAGCUCGCGCGUGCUUGGCCUUUCUCCGCAGAGCACCUCGCCAAAGACUCCUCCCGAGUAAGGUGAUAUAGCCGUCCAGGAGUAUCAGAGGAGAGGGUCCCCCACCUCCUCCUGCAGGAAGGCUAUUUGUAAAUAAGACAAGUUCUCCGGAUGAUGUAGAAAGCGGAGUCAGCAUAAGGAUCCGCAAGUGAAGUUUCUUCACAUCAACUUGCCGGAAAAGCUUCAGUUAUUACUUUUGACUUUAGUAAUCCAGGAGAAUUGUCAGGAAAGUGGGGGAGAAACUCUAGGGCCUUUGAAUGCAAAGUGUGGCAAAUUCAGUAUAUUGCACAUGCAAAAUACACUGUGCCAUAGCUGUCAACUUUCCCCUUUUCUUGCGAGGAAUCCUAUUUGGAAUAAGGGAAUUUCCCUUAAAGAAAGGGAAACGUUGACAGCUAUGCACUGUGCUCCCAUCUUCUUUCUCAUUCCCUCCAUUCAUAAGGCAAAAUAACCACAUCCGAUGCCCUUUUAAAUGUGUUGUUGCUGGGCAGAUGAUUGGUUUGUUUCUGGUCUUAUUUUUAUUUGUAUUUUGUGGUUUUUAUAUUGUAAUUUUAUGUUGUGAGCUGCCCUGAGAUCUAUGGGUAUAGGGCAGGCUUCCUCAACCUCGGCCCUCCAGAUGUUUUGAGACUGCAAUUCCCAUCAUUCCUGACCACUGGUCCUGCUAGCUGGGGAUCAUGGGAGUUGUAGGCCAAAAACAUCUAACAAUAACUACCGCCUAAGAGCUUUCCGUGCGCUGCUCUGGUUCGCCGGAAGCGGCUUAGUCCUGCUGGCCACAUGACCCGGAAGCUGUAUGCCGGCUCCCUCGGCCAAUAAAGCGAGAUGAGCGCCGCAACCCUAGAGUCGGCCACGACUGGACCUAACAGUCAGGGGUUCAUUUACCUUUACCUAAGAGCUUUGGUUGAACUGUUUGACAUCCUUUUAAAACGUGGUUCUUUUUGGGGGGGGCGUGUUAUUGGGUAGCUGUUUUUAUUCUGAUUAUUAUAUAUGUUAUCAUUUCUGGGAACCGCCCUGAGACCUCUGGGUACAGGACAGUAUAUAAACUCAGUAAACAAUAAUAAGAGCUGACAAAGAGAAAGUAGGGCUGCAGUUCAGGUAACGAAACACACAGCACAUUGCUAAUAAUAAUAAUAAUAAUUUAUUUAUACCCCGCCCAUCUGGCUGGGUUUGCCCAGCCACUCUGGGUGGCUUCCAACAGAACAUUAAAAUACAAUUGUCUAUUAAACAUUAAAAGCUUCCCUAAACAGGGCUGCCUUCUGAUGUCUUCUAAAAGUCUGGUAGUAGUUGUUCUCUUUGACAUCUGGUGGGAGGGCGUUCCACGUUCCAUGUUUACUCAGUCCUAUUGAAUUCAAUGGGGCAUAUUCCCAGGUAAAUGUGGUUAGGACUGCAAUCUUAAUCUUAAUCUACUAAUCAUAUGGCCCUUCCCUGAUUACUUUCACAAAUGUGAAUAAAACUCUUGCAUUAUUUUAUGUUUAAGAGGCUAAGAGACAUUGUACUGCUUUUAUAAAAUGCCUUUAUCCAGCUCCAAGUCUUUAGGAGGUACUGUUCAAGCAGCUGUUAAUGACAACAAGGCGAUCUCUUUCCCUUCUCUGCUUUUUAAUGCCCAUUUCCUUCUCUCUCAUCCUCCCUCCAGACCCACCAGGAUGUCAAGCGCCAACCCCUCGGGUCACAAUUGGAACCGGAAGCCCAAAGCGGAGGAGGAAGAGGACGAUCCCUUUGACAAAAUGAUCUCCCGCACCGGCUGCGCCUCUUUCCACUAUGCGGUGCAGGAGUGCAUGGCUGAACACCAGGACUGGCGCAAGUGCCAGGAGCAGGUGAAGAGUUUCAAGGAUUGCAUGAUGGAACAUGAGAAGCAGAGGAUGGCCGAGCUGCUCAGAAGACAGAAACAGCAUCAAACCACAAGCUGACAAGAGCCAGCUUUGCACGAAGGGCAGUUCCCUUGCUUGGCGGAAGUAUUUAAAUAAUGGCAGUGGAGCACAGAGGUUGAGCCCUGGGAAACGGUUGCUGUGGGAGGUGGUUCAAAGAGAUGGCAAGCAACUGCAUGCAUUGCUCUUGCAGUAAUCCCCUGGCUAAAUUCUUCUGGUUUUUUAACAGAACAAGCAAUACUUACUUUCUUGCCAAAAAAUAAAAGGUGGAAUUUAUAUGUCAUCUUCAUUUUCU